AGCUAUAACAAGACUAGCUGGACAUAAGAUACCAAGAUGCACGCCGCCAGAGUUGCCAAGGAUAUCGCCAAGCAUCGAAAUGCUAUGGAACAGAAACAAAAAGAGGAGAAGAGGAAGAAGAAAGCGCUAAAGAAGCAGCAAAAAGAAAUGGAGAAACAAAGAGCGGAGAUGGAGAAGCAACGCGAGGAACUGUGGGAACAGCAGCGACUGGACAUGGAGAAGAAAGGUAUACAAAUGGGUCUGGGAGAGCUGAAGAACGGCAUGUCUAUAGACGCGAGUGAAGGAGACACAAUGCUGGGACAAGAUUUGUCACCUGAAAAUUACAUCGGACCAGAGAGUGAUUACUUGGACGGAGAUGAUAACCAGUACCGGAAACAGCCCCUGCGGAUUUCCAGAAUUCUAAGUCGAGACGUACACAAGGAUCCUGACUAUGAGCGACGAGUACAGGACUACACUGCCGCCUUCCAGGGCAUGGAUAACGAUGGAGACGGCACCAUCACCUUCGAGGAGUUCAAACAGUUGUGGGUAAAAUCUGGAUUUCUGUCGAAUGAAGGAGACAUAAGGAUAUUAUUCAACCAGGUAGAUGUGAACGGUGAUGGAACUAUCUCAUUAAAAGAAUUCAUCGAACUUAACGAAAGGUACGCAAUGCCAAGUACAGAAGAAGAAAUAAGGGAAGCAUUCAAAGUAUUUGAUAAAGACAACGAUGGUUUCAUCACGAGUGACGAGCUCAAGAGGAUUCUAACAAAGAUGGGCGAACCCAUGUGCGACGAAGAAGCGGAGGAAAUCAUCGGCUACGUGGACAAGAACGGAGACGGCAAAAUAGACAUAGACGAAUUUAUUGUCAUGAUGCUGAAAUGCAUUGCGGAUGAGGAGGAGUUGGACCAGGACGAAAACGGGCUGUUUGGUUCUGUCUGACACGUGUCGUAGCAUAGAGUAGCUCAUGUUGAGUUGAUGUGUGCUAAACACCACGCGGUGUGGGGUGGAAUAUGCUGCUCGUAUUAAAGAGAAGAGGUGUUUUUAACAAAGAGGGGUAUUGCAGAGAAAUAUUAACGUGGUGUGCUGUCCAGGAAAUUGUUUCAGAAAAUUUAGGUUCUGUGUCGUUUUCAUGGCUCGAGUUGGAACGUUGCCAAUUCGGCGAGUUGGAAGGUUCGGAUAUCAUGAGGCUUGUAAAGAAACCUAACCCUAUUGUAAAGGUUACAAUGUAAAGAAGCUAAUUCUAACGGUCCCAUCUAAUUCACACUGAUACCAGAAUUGACGGUGUAAAUGUUCACUAGGCCUUUACCUUUACAUGAACUGAACUGUCCUAAUAUGGCUGAAUAUGUUCACCCAUGAAAAUGAAAAUCGAUCAGAGAAAUCUGAACGUGCCAAACAAAUCAACCUGUUAGUCUAUUAAACAUGUGUUUUCCGCUACAAUUUUCCGCUACACCGAGUUGGCUGACUUUUGAGUGAGUUAUAAUCAAUGUGCUGCUAUCACACCACCACACCAUCUCACCACACCAUCUGUGCUUGUAGUUCGGAGGAGAAGCGCUUGAGGAGGCGGAAGCUGAUGAGAUCAUUUCUUACAUCGAUACCAACGGAGACGAGAAAAUACACUACGAGGAGUUCCUGGUGGCGAUGGAGGAUUGCAACUACAUGGCGGAGAGUAACAGUGAGGUUGAGAGCGAUAUAGAGGGGGAGGAUCAUGAUCAUGAUUAGAGGAGUGUACCUAGAUCAGUACGGGCGUAGCUAGAGGGGUAUAGCUAGAGGGGCGUUUGUAGCGCGGUUCACUACUGGGCUGCGCCGCUACGAGAGCAUUAUUUGAUGCGUGGUGCGACCCAGUAGUGCAUCAGUAGACCCAGUAGUGCAUCAACUAGUGGGUAGUCUAGAGGACUGCUGUCUAAGGGGGCGUCUAUAAUAGACUAUGUCUAUAUAACUCCCCUUAAACAAGAGCUAACUUCAUUUUUUACCAAAACUCUAAGUGUCAUAACACCAGAGACAGAAUAUGUCUUUGCAACUGUAGCAAUACUGUAAAACGCGUUUAUUCAACUUUAUAGUAGAUUGUGAUUUGAAUUAUUUUAAUUUCAGCUUUAUCGUUAAGUCAUUUUGAAGUUAAAUAGACUCUACCGCGAUGUUUUCCAUUUAACCGCGACCCUAUGUACACUGGAUGUACUCUUCUAUUAAUCUGGUUCAAAAUAAUUUCCUUUGUUACUGUGGAGCUUUCUUUUGGAUAAUAUUAGACAAAAUAUCAGCAGUUUAAAUCUAUAAGUUCUCUUUCCGCUUAUUUCUUUAGGCUAAUGUUACUGUAUUACCUUGGAAAAAUGGUAUGAAAGAUCAGCUUUUAAUUACAUAGUUUCGUGGAAAGCAGCCGAGAACUUAGAUAAUUUAUUGUAUUUACAGAACUAGAUUUAUAAGAGGAAAUGUUUCCUUCUGUCCAACUUGUAUAGCAGCAAAGAACCCACUCUUUCGCGGCCGUGAUAAUAUUUAUUUUGUUUUAUACUUUUUACCAAAAUAUAUGUGCGGAUAUGUUUAAUAAAAUUUGAUAAUUAUAACUUGAUGACUGAUAUUAUUGCCGUCAUGUGAUGAUAAUUUCAAUUUCAACGUAAUGUGUAAAAA